GCGAGUGUGAACGCUCGAGCCUUGGGGGUCCGGGUGGCUUUUAGCUCGCGCUUUCUUCGCGUAUGGAAAUGUCGCGCUCCGCUUUAGAGAUGCUCGGUGCAGAAGAAAGGAGACUGGCUACAGAUCGGGUCUGAAGAGGUGCGCGUAAAAGUGGGCGCGCUUUGGUGCAAAAAAGACGAGUUCUGGAGAAAAACGGGGGAAACAUUCCUACACAGACACACAGGAUGGUGCUGCACGCGGGACUGCUUCUGAGCGCGUGGGCGAUGGUGUGCACGCACGCCCUGUUCAUGGGUCCGCUGCACCCGGAGAUGUCCAAUGGCACCUUCCACCACUACUUCGUGCCGGACGGUAACUACGAGGAAAACGACGACCCGGAAAAGUGCCAGAUGCUGUUCCGCGUGACGGACGAGCGGCGCCCGUGCAGCGAGGACGCGGACGCCGACGCAGUGGUGCGCGAGGACUUCACCUUGGUGCGGCGGCAGGCGGAGGACGCGGCGCGCGUGCUGGAGGGGCUCGCGCGCAGCGUGGCGCUCGACCUGGACGGCGAGGAGAGCUACGCUCGCUACCUGCGGCGCGAGACCACGCAGAUCAGCGAGGCGUUCGCCGCGUCCGAGCGCGCGCUCCUCGAGCUCGAGGGCAAGUUCGCGCAGAGCCGCGAGCGCGAGGAGGCUCGCCGCCCCAGCGAAGACUUCGCGGGCAUGGCGGCGCACGCGCGCGACUUGCUGCGCGAGACGCGCCACCUCGCCGUCUCCCUCGUCGACCACCACGAGCUGCUCUCGCUCGUCGUGCGCAGCCACGGCGCGCGCCUCAGCCGUCUCAAGAACGAGUAUCUGAAGGGAUGAAGUAGAGGGACCGAGGGGUACGCGUGCGCGAACACGCGGACGGGCACGCGCUUUAACCGAACAGAACUGAUAGGAAAAAAAGGUGCAAUUGGUUUGUCUUUUUUUUUUUCUAUUUGUAUUCCUGUUUUGAAGUUGCUUGAUGCGAAUGUACGCAUGGGUUCCGGAUGAAUGAAAUAUAUCACACCAGCACAGUUAUUAUCCUCCAGUUCACUUACUUUUACCAGUAUCUGUGCUGUAUAUUUUGUUCUUGUGGAUCUGAUGUGUACGUUUGAAUCGGCCACAUUACUCGGGUAUUUGGCCAAAAUUAAUGCAGCUGUUUCGUGCAAUGUUCAGUCCACUGCCCCACGCAGAUUGGACACAGCACGGACGAGCCGUCCAGUGCUCAGAUAUUCACCUCUUGGUGCUUACUCAUUCGGACAGACGGUCUGAACACGCAGACUCUUCGUCAGAAGAGUCCAGGCAUUUAUCAGCAUGUGGAAAUAGUAACGGGUGUUAACUUUUACUAGCACUCGGCCAAGAAAUGUACAGUACUUGAAUGUUUAUGUUCUGCAAAAACCAUGAAAAACAGAUGGACACAUAGUUUUAUGGUGCAUGUUUCAAAAUACAAAAAAAAAGAGAAUAAAAAAAGGAAAAAAAAUACUUUGGAUAUACUUGAUUCAUGACGCAUAGGUUCCACACAAAUGAAAUAUAUGACGUCAGUACAGUGGAUGCCAAAAGUACAUAUCAGUGCAAUAAUGGCCAGAAAAAGUAAGUUAUAUGUUUUAUUUAGGUUGAACAGUGUGCACAGCUGAGUCAAGUAAAUCCAGAGCUUUUUACUUUCAGUGAAAUAUGAAUAUGCGUUUAGAAUAUGCACCAUUGAAAACUAUAAUCUGUCUUUAGUGUUAGUUCAGUAGCAAUGGUUAAACAUUCAGUCUGACUAUCCUCCUGAAACAUACGGCUGAAGUCUAUUAUGUAAAACAGCAUUUAUUAUUAUUAAUUAUUAUUAUUAUUGUUAUUGUUAUUAUUAUUAUUAUUAUUAAGAAGAGGAGAAAUGUAUUUGGACGUAUGGACUUUUUUAUGUUCCAUGGUAAAUCUGUACAUUUGAAUAUGUUAUAUAUGUGUCUAAGUUGUUAAACUGUGAGUGUCUAUAUUUUUAUGGGGUGGGGAAGAGCUUCAUUGUAUGUUAUUCAUGUAAUGAGAUGUUGCAGUAAGAAUAUAUUCUUGUAAUUAUUCUCUGAGAUGUUGUGAGAGAAAGAGAGCGGGGAUGACGCAUCCUCAGAACCAAAGAUAACUGCGGGCAGGAAUAUUGGACUUCAGACCUUUUACCAUGUGGAGCUGCAUUCCUGAGAGGUUGGGUUUGUUCCACUUUGUAAUAAAAAUCUUUAAAGAUG